UCGAUUCGGAAUUACACUGCUUAACAGCAGAUAGUGACUAAUCGGUGUAGACAGGUGUAGACGAGUAUUAGUUGGCGUCUUUUAGAAGACAAAAAUAUAGUUGUUUCGAUAAAAAUUUAAACUAUUGAUGAGUUUUAAAUGACUUAAAGAAUGCUGCGUCGUAUGAAAUUAAUUUUGUGUUUCUGCGUUAUUUUAUGCGCAUUAGACAAUAAAGCUGAUGACAAUCAAGUUUCAUUAACCAAACUUGGUACAAAAACGGGACCGACGUUAAAAUUCUUCUAUUGUUAUUCAUGUGGAUAUAGAAAAGUUUUUGAAGAAUAUGUCAAUAUCCUUCAGCAAAAGUAUCCAGAAUUACAAAUUGAUGGAGAAAAUUAUAUUCCCUCUCAUAAUAAGAUGCUCAUUGCUAAAUUAUUGAGUUUUGCAAAAAUUUCACUGAUAGUUUUAAUAGUAAGUGGGCUUGAUUUAGGACAACCACCAACAUCACUGUGGCAAUGGUGUCUAGAUAAUCGGUUUUAUUCCUGUAUAAUGAUAUUUUUUAUUUUUAAUGCCAUAGAAGGACAUUUCAUAUCAUCAGGAGCUUUUGAAAUACAUUUUAAUGAUGUUCCAGUGUGGUCUAAACUGGAAACUGGUAGAAUACCACAACCAUUAGAAUUAUUUCAAAUAAUAGAUAAUCAUUUAAAUAUGCGAUAUGCAGAUAUAGAUAUAGAAUAGAUUAAUUUUAAUAAGAAAUCCAACGUGGCAUUUUUUUAUUUGUACCAAAUGUUAAGUAACUGUGGUUAUGGAACUUUCAUUGCUGCAACUCUAUAAUUGUUAAGAACAAUUACCAUCGUUCGCGUACCUUAUAUAUGUAUUUUCUUAUAUACCUUGCUAUCUCAGUUUAGAUGAGACAGUAUAUUUAAAACAGAUAGAGUUUGCAUGAGGAAAGCAGAAAUAAAACCUUUUAAUAUUGCUCAAAACUAUUUUUCAUUCACCAUCUUAAUUUAGAAAUUAGGGAAAGAAAUACGCGAUAUUACUUAAUUAUAACGGGCAUAAAAAUAAAUAUUCAGUAUCUUAAAGUACAUAUUAAUUGAAAGAUAUUUAACCUUUUCGUCACGGUGGGUACUAGCCAUCAAUGCGCCUCUACGAGCGGGCCGCCGUGCUGCCGAAUGCCACCGUACGAGCGUCUCGCGUCUUUUGUUCUCCCAACGUGUUCGUUUAAAAUCUUAGAGAAUUUCAUUGAAACAACAGAGGACUUGAGGAUGUAUUGGAUAAAGGGAAUGUUGUUGAGACCUCGUUCUGUAUUUUAAAAAUAAAUCCUGCAAUAAAUCUUCA